AGUAAAAACUAAAAGAAACAAUAGAAAAUUUUUUAUUUGAUGGAAAAAAGUGUUGAGAUAUUUUUGAAGGAAUAAUAGUACGUAAAUUUCAAAUGCGAUUGAUGAAAUGAAUAAUAAAAAUACAUAACAAAUUAAAUAAUUGAAGAAUAUAACAAACAACGGAAAAUUUAUAUAUUUAAACAAAACAAAUUGAAAAAACCGGAAUACUAGAAAAAAUAUGAAUUGAAAAACAAAGUUGAGUGUGUGUCAAAUAAAAAACCAUUUUUUCUUCGACGUCCGAACGAACGAAGAAAAAAAUGUAAAAAUAGAAAAAAAAAUCGUCAAAAGCAAAGUGUAGAAAAUUUUGUAUUGUAAUUUCGCAAAAGGAGUCCAGUUUUCUUUUGCAGCAAGUGAAGGAAUUCAAAGAAAAAUAAUCUAUUUGAAUGUGAAAAUAAGAAAUAAUUGUUUUUGUAAAAUAAAAAAUUACGAAAAGAAUAGAAUUUCCACACCCACUUGUCAAUAAAAAAAAAUACAUAUGAGAAAAAUAAAUACACCAGCAAAAGAUUCCUUUGGUCAUGUGUGCAUAUAAUUUUCUUUUCUCCUCCAUCCAACUAACCAUCAUCAGCUUCAUCAUCGCCUUCCAACAAACAUUUUCAUCUUAGAGUAAGGGAGGCAGAGGAGAUUGUGUAAAAAUAUACGUGCGAGUGUGUUAUGUGUGUGUGUAUGUUCUGCGUGUAUGCGAAUAUGUGCAAUUUCUUUAAUUUAUUUAUUAGUUUUACCACAAAAUAAAUAAAAUGUGUAAUUUGUCAAAGUGAAAUUAUUUAAAAUAUAUUUAAAUUAAGAAUUAUAAAUGUGCAACAAAACAAAUAAAAUACACAAAAAUUAGCAAUAACACAUAAACCUCAAAGGAAAAAAAGCCAACUCCCUUUAAGAAAAAAUUAAAAAAACGAAACGAAAGCCAUACAACAAACAAAAAAAUAACUAAAACGACCAACCAACAACAACAGCAAUACAUUAUUAGCCACUUUUUGAUCUACAUGCAAACAAUUCAAACAAAAAAAACAACAACAACACCAAAAUAGUUUGAAAAUAAUAACAAUAAUAUAAAUAGAAAGAAGAAGAAAAAAAUAACGCAAAAAGUAAAACAAUAACAACAACGUCAAUAUUUAUUAAUUAAAGUUGCCGUAAUGGCAACGCAACUUGAUCCCAAUGUCAAGGAUGACCUAAAGACACAAUUUGUAACGCGUGAGGGUACCUACAGAUUACUCACACUCUCCGAGUAUUCACGGCCCAAUCGCGUGGGCUACACCAACAAUCAGAGUUCCCCACAAGUACGUGUCUCCAUUGUUACCCUGCCCAAUCCACCGACGGCUACUGGUAACAACUCCUCCUCCAACUCAGGCACAAAUAAUUCAUCAGCAGCAAAUGGUUCAAAUGUUGCUGGCAGCAGUAGUCACAGCCGUCCUCUAACCAAUGGUAAUAAUUCGCAAAAUGCUUCCAAUGGAGCUGGCGGCGAUGGUAGUGGUGGUCGUGUUGGCGGGUUUGAUGUGCAAUCUUCAUCCUCCCUAAAUGGCCAACAAUCACAAUAUGUGGUGCCCUCGUCGAUGGAUGCACGUUUGGGUGCUGGCAUGUCCAUGCAUACAAUGAUGAAUGGGUCCGGUGUUGGAGGUUUAGAUCAGAAUGGCUUGUCGGCGAGUCAAGUAUUAGGUGGGGAUCGUAUAUGUUUCAAUUUUGGCAGGGAAUUGUAUGUGUAUGCCUUUAGGGGUGUAAAAAAGGGCGCGGAAUUGAGUAAACCUAUUGAUAAGAAAUUCUAUAAAGGAACAAAUCCUAGUUGUCAUGAUUUCAAUGCUACUACAGCAACACCCACGGGAGCUCCACUGCUGGUGGGUUUUACCACGGGUCAAAUACAGCUGGUUUCACCACAACCGGGACCUCGAGAAUAUCGUAAACUAUACAAUGAAGAUCGUUUAAUUGAUAAAACCAAAGUGACCUGUUUAAAAUGGCUGCCAAAUUCACCGAAUCUCUUUUUGGCCUCUCAUGCUUCGGGAAACCUUUAUUUGUACAACGAGAAUCUACAAUGUCCACCAACUGCACCCAACUAUCAGCCCUUCAAAAUGGGCGACGGAUAUUCAAUACUAACCUGCAAAUCGAAAUCGAGUCGAAAUCCUCUGUACAAAUGGGUCUUUAACACCGAAAAUUGUUGUAUAAACGAAUUUUGUUUUUCACCAUGCGGUUCAAAUUUAGCAAUAGUAUCACAAGAUGGUUUUUUACGAGUAUUUCAUUAUGAUACCAUGGAAUUGUUGGGUAUAGCGCGUUCCUAUUUUGGUGGUUUUCUAUGUGUGUGCUGGUCUCCGGAUGGCAAGUAUAUUGUUGUGGGCGGUGAAGAUGAUCUGGUAACAGUGUGGUCUUUUCAUGAGCGACGGGUAGUGGCUCGAGGUCAGGGUCAUAGAUCGUGGGUUUCAGUGGUGGCAUUUGAUCCCUAUACCACAUCGUAUACCUCAUGGGAUGGUGGUGAUUUUUCAGAUGAUGAAAAUCAAAUAAUGGAAUAUGGUGCAUCACGUUAUGGCGGCGACGCAACAACUGCAAAUGGUUUUGACUCUUAUGCAGUGGGCGGUCAUGAUAAGAACUCUACGCCCAUUCACUCAAGACAGCGACCGCAAUCAGCUUCAUUCAGAUCGGAAGCUUCAUCUUUGGCUCCCGACAAAUUGGCCAUAAGUUAUCGUUUGGGUUCGGUAAGCCAGGAUACACAAAUUUGUCUAUGGGAUAUAACCGAGGAUAUACUAAGGCAUCCCUUAAGCCUUAGGCAAAGAGUAAAUAGCUGUAAUAUGAAUGAUACCAGCUUUAUGAAUGGUGGUAUUGAUGCAGAUGGCGUCAAGGUUAUACGACCUGUGGCCAUAGGUCAUCCUAACAACAAUGCUAAUAGUUUUUCCCAACACUGUAGUAGUCCAACCAAAGAAAUGACAACCGCAACCACAACACCACAAACGUCAGGAGAACAAAAUAGUAAUAGUAGUUCUAGUAAGUUUUCAACAGCCAAUUGUACAAUAUCCUCACAAUCAUCAAAUGCCAAUACACCGCCAGAUGACCUCCUGGCAGCGACUGCAACAACAGCCAAUAAAACAAACUCAAAAUCCCUUAAUAAUGCCUCCGCUACGGGGGGAACUAUAAAAUUUCCCAAUUGCAUUACAGCCACCAAAUCCGAUUCGAUUGAUGGCAACACUACCGCCAAUCAUGUAAAUACAUUCUCCACUUCCUCGGGUUACAACAGCAAAACAUCCAAUAGUAGCAAAUCAUCAGAUUCCGGUAUUUCAGCGUUCAAUUCGCUUACACAACGAUUAAGUAAUUUUUCAUUCCUCAAUUCGUCAGAUAAGAAAACGCUUAAUAUAGAGGGUGGCAGUACCCGACAAAAUCGUCGCACCCUAAGUCUACUCAAAUCCUAUAAUCAUCACAAUUCAACUAUGAAUCAUCAGCACAUGGCCAACUCGACACAAAUCGAAACGAAUGCCAACUCAUCGACAUCAUCUCAUAGUUUUGGCUCAUUGAAAUUGGGCAAAUCAUCUUCGCAACAUCAUCAUCAUCAUCAGUCCUUAAUAAAUAAUUUAUCGAAUUGUUCACCCUCAUCGACUACGAAUUCAAUCAUACCAUCAUAUGAUCCACUAAAACUAAUUGGCACUUCGGCGUGUCCACGUUUCGAUGAGUGUCCACUGCUUGAGCCUUUAGUGUGUAAGAAGAUCGCUCAUGAACGUUUAAGUGCUUUAAUAUUUCGUGAGGAUUGCUUUUUAACAGCAUGUCAAGAUGGUUUUAUUUAUACAUGGGCCAGACCGGGUUAUGCUACGAAUGUUCCCCAACAUUUAUCGCCAACACAAACAGCGCCACCUGGCGGUACGGUAAUAUAGUUCGAUAAAAUAAAUAUAAAACAAUAUCAUAAGAAUUUAGAAAAAUUUAAUAUUUAUGCUACUAACACAACAACAACAAAUACUACUACUCCAACUUCUCCUCCCUCCUGUUCUUCAACAACUACUACAACACCUUUAACGCCAACAAAACUUUUUUUAACCACAGGUGAGAAAAGAGUGUAAAAA